GCUUGUGAGCUGAGGACGGGAGAACCGCGUCGGAAUAGAACAACCGCCAUUAAACCAUCAUUAAGCCGGGGCGGUGGCUCUUGCUACUGCCGUUGCCGCUGCUGCAAAGCAGCAUAAUUCAGCCCAGCGUCGGACCCCGCCGGUCGUGGAGGACCCGCCAGUGUUGCUCGUCCUCUCCCCCGCCCUCUCCCCCGCAGCCUCGGAGCCAACUUACCCGCCAGGUUACAAGAGGCAGAAGGACUGUUGCCGGAGGGGGGGCCGUGUCUCUUCGCGGGCGCCAUUUUGUGGGUCCGUGUCGUCUGGCUUCUUUCCUUCUCUCCGGGCCUCCUCGGGACGGGCGGACCCGGUGCAGCCAGGCGUGGAGGUGUUCGUGGACGGCGUGCCCGGGGGGCACCGCGGGUGGAGCUGCGCGACCUCUUCGAGGUGGCUGUGCCAGGCAUGGUGGUGAAGGGGGCCCUUAUGAAGCAGUUCGCUUUCAUCCAACUGUACGAUGAGGUGGCGGUUGAGUGCGCCAUCCAGAAGCUUAAUGGGCACCUUUUGCACUGCCACCGCGUGGCUGUUGUGGAGUUCUCCCGCCCGAGGCCCACCCACACCGUUAAGACCUUUGUGGGCAACGUCUCGGCCACCUGCACCAGCGGCGAGCUGCGCGUCCUCUUCCAGGAGUUCGGGCCUGUCAUCGAAUGCCACAUCGUGAAAAGUGGGAGAGGCGAGCUUGUGGCUUAGAAAUCUACUCUGUAUAUGCUCAGAGGUGUUGUU